UUGGUGCCAGAAGGAAGCUAGGUCAAAACAGCUAACCGAUAAGAGGCAACAACUAGUUUAUAUUAAGAUAUUUUAUUAUUAUUAUUACUACCCGCUCGUAACCGCUAAACUAACACCUGGACUAGCUUUACUACCCGUUUACGCUACCACGUUGCAAUGCUGCGUUUUAUCUCAAAACUAGUUUUCUUACUAGAGUUUGUACAGUAGGCUAACGGAUAAACUAACUUGUACAGUAGAGCCACUCGUGCUCUGGUAUGUCCUUUUAGUUCUAUAACUUAAAACAUAUAGCUUUAGAUAAUUUAUUCUGUUUUGUAUGCCGGCAUGGGAAAAUAGUUGUUGCCGGCUCGGCUAAGAGAGUCAUGUACACAAGGUUAAAGCUAGCUUUAGCCUGCUCCUCACUCGAUUUCCUUUCUAAUGCUGAUUGAUGCAGGCAGGUGUGCUUUAAUAAGCAGGCCAGAGGAAACAUUCGGGAAGUUUUUGUUUCUCUGUGUGUUAAGUGAGUUGUGAGGUGGCAACAUGCUGCUCUCUCUCGUCGUGCACACGUACUCGCUGCGGUACUGGUUUCCGGCCACCGUCAUGCUGGGGACCGCUCCGGUUUACCUGCUCUCGUGGGGGGCCUGGCGCUUCCUUUCCACUCUUUUACCUGCCAGACUUUACCACACUUUAGACGACAGGCUGUACUGCAUCUACCAGAGCAUGGUCCUCUUCUUCUUCGAGAACUACACGGGAGUGGAGAUCAUCAUAUAUGGAGAUAUACCAAAAAACAAAGAGAAUGUAAUCUAUCUGUCCAAUCAUCAGUGUACAGUGGACUGGAUCAUUGCUGACAUGUUGGCGAUAAGACAGAGUGCCCUUGGUCACGUCAGAUAUGUUCUUAAAGAUGGACUCAAGUGGCUUCCACUCUACGGAUGGUAUUUCUCUCAGCAUGGGGGGAUCUAUGUGAAACGAAGUGCCAGGUUUAACGAAGAGGCUAUGAAGAAGAAACUUGUCUCUCAGAAUCAGUCAGGAGCACCAAUGUACCUCGUCAUCUUCCCGGAAGGAACACGCUAUAAUCCCGAGCUCAAGAAUGUUAUCGCCGACAGUCAGGCCUUUGCUACUAAAGAAGGGCUGGCUGUUCUGAGACACACACUAACGCCCCGAAUGAAAGCAUCUCACGUUGCCCUUGAGACCAUGAGCGGCUACUUGGAUGCAGUGUAUGACAUCACGGUGGCCUACCAAGGAACGCUCGGUGCCGACCACCAAAGAAAACCAGCGCCUUCAAUGCCGGAAUUCCUGUGCAAAGAAUGUCCAAGAGUCCACAUCCACUUUGAGCGCGUGGAUAUCAAGGAAAUUCCUCUCGAGCCGCUCUUCUUCCGCAGGUGGCUGCACGAGCGCUUUGAAAUCAAGGACCGGCUGCUGGCGGAUUUCUACGAGCGUGACAACGGACGCAAACUAUGCAGCUUCCCCGGGGAGGGCAGACGUUCCCCCCUGGGGCUCUCCAAAACCCUCCCGGCCGUGCUCGUCUUGGGGGGCCUGACGCUGCCUCUGCUGCUGACCGACACCGGCAGGAAGAUGUACUGGAGAAUCUGGGUGUAUGGGACUCUUCUAGGUUGGCUUUGGGUCAAUACGCUUCCUUAACACACGCCUGACGAUGUGCAAAAGCGAUGCCAUGUUUCAGUAUUCCCACACAGGUUGUGUUCCAGAAGCAGUGCUGUGGUACAUACAGUACAAAUACGCAGUCGGCGCGCACGUCCACACCACACGCGGCUCACUGUGCUGAAGCCAUGCAAAUAAUUAUUCGUGUUGUGGUACUUUUUGUUUCCUGGAAUUAUCAGGCUUUGGGGAAACAACAGUGGAUUUGUUCAAAAUAAAUUGUAUGAAAUUCCUCAGUCAAGCUAAAAAUAGUCUCAUAACCAACCCACCACCUCCCCUACCCACUUCGCUCUCAUCAGCCAAACGUGUAUCCUUGCAUGCUCCUUAUUGUUCUAGCAGACAUUGGCCAAUUUCUACCCUUGUUUGGUAGGCAAACUGAAGUCAUUCUUCUAACUGAUAUGAUUCAUGUAGUUCAUGAAAUGUGUUUCAGUAUUCCAUAUGCAAAUUGCCACGUUGCUCAUUGUGCACUUCUGCUGCUCUUCUCGUUGACCAUCCUGUCGUUACAGUGGAACCUUUAAAGUCCAACACCAUCUGCUCCUUGACACUGGUCGACCUACAAGAUGUUGUAAUUUCCCAACAAUUAUUGCCCUUAUAGGAAUAAAUGUGAGGAGAGUUUCUUCA